CUGUCUUUCCAUUUUAUGCUCUUCUUUUUGUUAAUGGGGAUCCUAAGCUCCUCCGAUUUCGAUCGUCGGCGAUCGGCGAUUGGGAUCGUUGGCGAUCAAGCGGAAAUCUUAGGGGGAGGGGGAUUCAGCGAUUUUCCGGUAUAACUGGUCCUUGUGCUUAGGUUUGCUCAAGUUUUAUAAGUAAAAUAAAUAAAAAUAUAAAUAAAACAAAGGGUCCCUAUCUAUUUUUAUUCACCCACCUCUUAUCAAAUUAUCAAGCUUUAUUCUUUUCGAGGGGAAAAUAAUAUUAAUAUUAUUAAUAAUUUAGCCCCUCAGAUUUCGUUGAACCAGAGGUUGUGAUAAGUCAGUUACCAUAGUUUAGAGGAAGCUUACGUUUUGUAUACAUAUGGAGAAGAAGAGAAACUCUCACCUCUUCCUUACAAAAUCAACAUAAAAAUAAUAAAAAAACAUUUCUCUACCCUUUUUCUUUUCUUCUUUAAAAUCCCAACCUGAAUCUAUUGUUCCAAGUCUUGCUAGAUAAAACAGAGCAGAGCCUUUUGAUUAGAAUUUCCCCCCUUAUUUUUGGGUUGUGAUUCUCUUCAAUUAUUGACAGUUGCUGAUGGGUUUUUGAGGAAUCAUGGGUCUUUAUAUGUAAUUUUCAUGUCUUUGUUAUGCUGCCUUGAUCUUUGAUGACAUAUUAUUAAACAUGUAAUUCUGCUCUGUUCUUUGGAUUAUCCUUUUUUUUUCCUCUGCUUAUCAAGGUUACGUGAUCGAGUGUACUUGGCCAAUUUUGGUUAUCUGAUGGUUUUGAUGAUCUGGGUUUCUUAAAAGAUGAUUUUUUAUUAUUAUAAAAAAAACCCUGUUUUGAACGGUGGAUGUUAAUUUUGCUUGCCUGAUUGAUUGUGAUCAGGUCAAUGAUCAAUCUGACUUUUUUUUUUAAUAGAGAGUUUACGUAAACAGGAGUGUCUCCUCUUUGUGUGGGGAAUUCUUUGCUUUUCUGGGUGUGGAAUAUGCUUUUCAUGGAGGACUAGUAAUCUUCUCUUUAAAAUUCUCUUCUUUAGGUGCUUCCUCCUUAAAUUUCGUGGUUUAAAACUUUUCUAUCUUUUCAUCAUUUUCUAAGGGCUUUUCUGCCACUGUUGUUCUUUUGCUGUUUUUGGUGUCUCUGUGGUUCCCCAUUUUGGCUCUCCACCCUCAAUUUGGAUCAUCCAACCUGCUCUGUUUUCGUUGGCUUUAUCCCUCGUUGUAUGAUCCGACUCUGCACAAGUGGUUUUUUCUUUUUAAAAAUGCCCUUUUGUUUAUGAUUUGUGAAAUGAUCACAUAGUUUGUGGUAUAAAAUGUUUUUUACCCUUUUCUCUUGUGAUUUUAAGGAGUUCAUAUGAAAACCUUUUUCUCUUUUUCUCUUUUGGUUUUUCUAUUUGUAGGUUUGAGACUUGAAGUUUGCUGAUCCAAUCCAUUAUUUAAGGUAGAUAUUUUUGGCACUUGUAGAUUGAACUAAUAAGUCAACACAGGUUUAGUAUUUAGGAGGCAGUUUGGAUCAUUGGAGGGUUUCUUAGUGAUUAUUGUACCCAUGUUUCCUAAUUGUCAGCAAUUUAGAUAAUCUUAUUUGCCAAGUUUGGGCACUUCAAAAGUUGGGCAGUGCCCAUGGAUGCCACAACAAGCGGAACCCCUACCGUACAAUACCAUAACAUACCUGAUCAGCCACUUACAGCUAUUGUUGCUGCCCCUGUUUCUGCAUUUCUGCGACAAGUACGCCAUUGCUUCGGGGACUCCACUCCUGGAGAAUUCCCCUUAGCUGCCAAUCCUUCCAUUGUUCUUCAUGUUCUCACCACGUGUAAUUUGGAUCCUCAAGAUCUCGCAAAACUAGAGGCAACAUGCUCCUUUUUUAGGCAGCCGGCAAACUUUGCCCCUGAUUAUGAACUGUCCAUAUCAGAGCUUGCUGCUCUUGACAUGUGCCAAAGAAGAGCUAUAUUUAAGCCAAUGACUGAUGAAGAACGUCAAAGUUUGAAGCAUAGAUGUGGGGGGUCGUGGAAAUUGGUCCUGAGGUUUCUGCUGGCUGGGGAAGCAUGUUGCAGGAGAGAGAAAUCACAGGCGAUUGCAGGGCCUGGCCAUAGCAUUGCUGUGACAUCCUCAGGUGCAGUUUACUCUUUUGGCUCUAAUAGCUCAGGACAGUUGGGCCAUGGCAAUACCGAAGAAGACUGGCGGCCUCAGCAAAUAAGAUCUUUGCAAGGCAUUCGAAUUAUCCAAGCAGCUGCUGGGGCUGGCAGAACAAUGCUGAUUAGUGAUGCUGGGAGAGUUUAUGCCUUUGGAAAGGAUUCCUUUGGCGAAGCAGAAUAUGGGGUUCAAGGAACUAAAUUAGUUACAACUCCCCAGCCUGUUGAGUCUUUGAAAGACAUAUUUGUGGUUCAAGCUGCAAUUGGAAACUUUUUCACAGCUGUGUUAUCCAGAGAGGGCAGAGUUUACACAUUCUCUUGGGGCAAAGAUAGCAAGCUUGGUCACAAAACCGAGCCAAAUGAUGUGGAGCCCCAGCCUCUAUUGGGGGCACUUGAGAACAUACCUGUGGUGCAAAUUGCAGCUGGAUAUUGCUACCUUCUUUGCUUAGCUUGUCAACCAAGUGGCAUGUCUGUGUACUCUGUCGGGUGUGGCUUGGGUGGAAAGCUUGGACAUGGCUCAAGAACAGAUGAAAAGUACCCUCGAUUAAUUGAACAAUUUCAACUUUUGAACCUCCAACCAAUGGUGGUUGCUGCUGGUGCUUGGCAUGCUGCUGUUGUGGGUCGGGAUGGAAGGGUUUGCACAUGGGGUUGGGGACGUUAUGGGUGCUUAGGUCAUGGAAAUGAAGACUGUGAAUCAGUUCCCAAGGUCGUAGAGGCAUUAAGCAAUGUCAAAGCAGUUCAUGUUGCUACAGGGGACUACACAACCUUUGUGGUAUCUGAUGAUGGUGAUGUAUACUCUUUUGGUUGUGGCGAAUCUGCCAGCCUCGGACAUAAUACUGCUGGUGAAGGACAGGGAAACAGGCAUGCCAAUGUGUUGAGUCCAGAGCUGGUAAUGUCAUUGAAGCAAGUGAAUGAACGGGUGGUACAGAUCAGCCUUACAAACUCGAUAUACUGGAAUGCUCAUACAUUUGCACUCACCGAGUCCGGGAAGCUUUAUGCAUUUGGUGCGGGAGACAAAGGUCAGCUAGGCAUAGAGUUAGCUAACAAUCAGACAGAAAGAGGAAACCCCGAGCGGGUUGAUAUCGAUCUCAAUUAGGAAUCCGAUGGCUUCUCCUCCCAUUUGCAUACACCAUGGGUGAUUCAUUAGAUUCUAGACAAUCACGCAUUGCAUGUGGUGUUUUAAGUUUCCCUGUUUAUUUUGUAAAUAGAAACAAGCAAAAAAGAAAUUGUGAAGAUUUUAAGUUUAGGAGUAGCAAAGGGCCUUAAGUGGUCUGAUUUCCUAAGAAAAAAUGGUUAGCACAUAGGCCUUAAGUUGUUAAUAGCUGAAACAUCUCUGUUCAGGUUCAUUGAUUACUUAUGUUAAAAUUGCAUUCUAAAA